AUGUCAACUACCGAAGAGAAAAAUUUUGGGAUCACGCACGUCUUCAAGAAUAUCGAUGGAUUGGCUAAACAAAAUGAAAUGGUUGGGAAUGUGGAGAAACAUUUCGGUGCUUUUUGGGCUGUGAAAUUGUACAAGUAUCAAGAUGGUGAUCUACGCAUUGGACUGAACUGCGAGAAAUUCCAAUCUCAUGAUUGGUCAAUUAAAACCAAUUUCGAUAUACUCGUUGGGGGACAAUCAUUCCGAACUGGAUCGUAUUUGUUCACUCAAGAUGAGAAGAAUUUUUAUUCAAUGCACAUUUCGAAAAACGAAUUUUCAAACUAUGAAAUCAAUAAAACGGCAACAGUGGAAGUUCGAGUGAGAAUCAGUGAAACGACUGGAAUAAUGCAGAUUGAAUCCAAAAAUUUUUCUGAUGACGUGGCAAAAGAGUCGUCGGAUGUCGUUUUGGUGGUUGGGGACCAGAAACGAAAAAAUCUCGGAACUUUGAAAUUGGCCGACUUUUUCAAUUGUCAAACUGCAAUCGACAGAUGCGAGGAAUUCCUUUUUUUCCGGUCUCAUCAACCAUUCGAAUUCAAGUUCCAAACGGCACUCAAGUAUAAAAUGGAAAAAUUGAAGAAGGCAUCAGCACGAAGUGGAGCUGGAUCCGAAUCGAGCGAGAAUUCCACUCAAAUUACUGAUGGAGCUUCUUAUGAUCAAGUUGGAACUGUGGCUCUCCUUUUUGUGAUCUCUAUGAUUUUUAGAAUAAUGUGUCUAUAG